GCCCCCGGGGCGGGCCGCCCGCCCCCCCGCGGCCCAUAUAGGGGCGGCCCGGGGUAUCCCUGGUACUCGUUGCGGAGGGGAGAGCGGUGCCUUUUUUCCCUCCCGACGGCUAUUUUUCUUGGGCGAAGCAGGCUCCUCCCGGAGAGAGGCGGUUUCCCCGUCGCGCCGCCGCCAUGGCCUCGGUACCCUCCGCCGGCUGCCUCCUGGCCAAGAACCAGUACUACAGAACAAGACAGAACUCGGAAUCCAGUGUUUCUUCCAGCUCCUCCUGCUGUUUGGAUGCUGUAAACAUCACAGACCAGGACAAAGCAUUUCAUGGGUUACCUGAGUUAAUUGAUAAGUGCUGGUGGAUAAAAAGCUUUUUCCAUAGUGAACCAUCUCCACCAACUGUUGGCAGAAAAACACUAUCAGCAAGCAGUACCAACAGUUGAAUACGAUGGCAUACUGGCUUUACUGACUGAGAUACUACGUACAGACUUGUUUUUCCAAGAGGCUUGGGAUCUUCCUGAUGUCUGGGUUCAGCUGCAAGAAGAAAACAAAACCUUUAGGCGGGUGAAAAAGUGUAUUUUCAAAAUAUUUGUCAGUAGCUUAAAUGAUAUUGCUUAAUGGACAUGUCCACAGCCUACGUUGUUCAUUAGAGUUGCUAUAAUUUGAGAUGCCUCUCUAAUGAAGUUACUUGGAUUAAAUAUCCUGAUGACUGACUUGGAUAGAGAAAAAUGACAUUAAAAGUAAGAUAUUGUAGGCUUAGGAUAAGCGUUUGUAUUGAAUGACUUUGCAAUAGGCAACAUUCUUAAGUUUUACCUUUAAGAUAUCAGCUCUAUAGGCUGUCACAGUGAUGUGAACAAGACCCAGGUAUAUAGUCUGGAGCAGGACUGCUCUAUGGUACGUGUUUUCUAUCAAGUAUUUGUGUACAAGUUACAGGGAGUAAGUUUACAAGAAUGCUUGUUAUUGGGCUUUCUAAAAGCAAAGCUGUUCACACAAAGAAACAGUAAUUGGUUUGCUCUCUUUGGGCCAGGUGUGUAAAUCCCGACCUCAAAUACCCAGGUACAACUGUCAUUCAUAACUACAUGUGUUGGUAUUUGAGGUCAGAAUGGAAGCGAUAAACCAGUAAUCCUAAUGGACACUGACAUCUUCCAAGCAGAAGACCAACCUUAGAGUUGAUACUCCUAGCUCUGUUAUAGAUUACUCUCACUUGCUUUGCUGUAGCUUAAAGAGCUACUUGUUCUCAAGUGAUUAAUCCUAGCAGUAUUCACUGCUGUCUGUCAGCUUAGUUAUGUGCUAGAUCUGACCAAGUGUUCAACUCAAUCACGCUAAUGUUCUCAACCAAGUCUGCCUUUGUCAUGAUUUAUGCUCUUGUAAGAUACUGUAACAGCUUCAUUUGGUCUUCACCAUUGCAAAGCAGUACAUCAGACUGGUCAUUCUACUGGGUAUGACUGAAAUGCAUCAGAUGCCAUAGAAAAUAACAAGUAUUUGGCUGGAUGACAUAAUUUCUGUAAAUUACCUAUGCAGCUUUUUUGAUGUACUAUCACUAAACCUACCUUGACCUUUAUCCAUCAGUGGGUGAAGCUUACAAUAGCAAACAUUAACCUAUAAUGAAAAGUGGCUAUGUUAACGGUUGUCAUGGUUAUGCAUAGGACUCCAAAGUGUAUCAAGUGGCCGCUUCAGGAAGCGUACGGUUUUGGUGGAGACAAUAAAUGCAUGGCAUAUGACAACAGAAAAGAACACAAUUCUGAAAACAUAAUUUCAGGAAUCUUUAUAUAGACUUGUUACAUAUCUGACUUUACUGCUAUUGUGUAGUUUCAUCUAUGUCCUUAUUCUAAGUGUGCAGAAUGAGCUAUUCUAUUUUUUUACCUUAAGAUUUUUUCAUUAAUAAAGACUUAAUCAGGA